AUGUCAUUACCAUUAUCAUCCCAAAGCGUCAAAUUACGUCACGACCAUCCAAAAUCCAAGCUCCCAAAAAAACAAGCUCCACACACCAGGCCCACUCCGCCGCCUAGCAUCAGGUCCCUUUCUUCCUUCCUGCGAUCCAGUCGUGUCCCUGAUUUCUCCAUAGGGGCGGGAAGAAAAAGGUAUUAUACAAGAAAUAGUUUGAAGAGAGCUUAUUUUUACCCCGGAUACCUUUUGCACGAACGAACGAACGAACGAAAAAAAGAACACAAACAGUCCCUAAAAAUAACUAAACGAAGAAAAUGCCCUUCACCUACAACAAAGGGUUCGGCGGGCGGAGGUUCGGAUGGGGUGUCUCUGCGAAUAGGCAGGGUGUUAGGCCACAUGCUAGGUUUAGCUGCUGUGGGUUUAAUUGCUUCAGAUAAUCUUGCAUCGUUGAAGCUAUGGUGGGGGGAGUAGUCACGAAGGGGUAGUAGUGAUGGAGUCUCCGUAAUUCGUCUAAAGCAUGCGGGAGUCCGUUUUCUCAUUUUUUUCCAUUUUCGCAUUUUCGCAGACUGUACUUUUGAUUAAAUCACCACCCCCAAGCAAACACCACAAAUCAAAAAAGUCACAAAAAGUC